CCACUCUCUGAUCUGAAUUUCCCUCCUCUCUCUCCUCUCAACGUUCCCAUGUGACUCUGGAGAGACUGAAAAAAAGCGACUGAGAAAACGAACAACAUACACAGAUAUAUAGAGAGAGAGACUGAGAGAGAGCGAGAGUUACAGAAGAGGCAUUCGAAAUGCAAGAUCCAUUGAAUUCAAACCCUAAUUCUCUCCCCCAAAACGUCCAGAAGCUGUCGACGACGACGACGUCGUUUCACCACCGCCGGGCCCACUCGGAGGUGAACUUCCGGCUGCCGGACGACCUAGAUCUCGUCUCCGACCCCUUCGAUGGGACUUCUGGAAGUUUCGACGAGAUCGGAUCGGAGGACGAUCUCUUCUGCACUUACAUGGACAUUGAGAAGCUCGGAUCUAGCUCUGCCGACGGUGCUGAUUACCGGAUCGACAAUGCCGGAGUCGGAGGAGUGCCAGCGGAGACCGGUCAAGGGGAGAAGAAUGUGAGGCCUCGGCAUCGGCAUAGUAAUUCGGUUGAUGGAUCGAUUCUUCUUGGAGAGAAUAUAGAGGCUAAGAAGGCAAUGGCUCCUGAGAAGCUUGCUGAGUUAUGGACAAUGGAUCCCAAGCGAGCCAAGAGAAUUCUGGCAAAUCGGCAAUCUGCCGCUCGUUCAAAAGAGAGGAAAGCUCGGUAUAUAACUGAGCUUGAGAGAAAAGUUCUGACCCUUCAAACAGAAGCAACCACCCUUUCUGCACAACUCACACUGUUCCAGAGAGAUACAACAGGUCUAUCCAAUGAAAAUACGGAGCUUAAGCUUCGGUUACAAGCUAUGGAACAACAAGCUCAGUUACGUGAUGCGCUGAAUGAAGCACUAAAACAUGAAGUGGAAAGGCUCAAAAUUGCCACCGGAGAAAUGACAUCCCAAACAGAUUCAUACAAUUAUGGAAUGCAACAUCUUCCAUAUCCUCAAUCUUCAUUCUAUUCACAGCAAUCGCAACAAGGACCAAACGACCUGCAACAGAUACAAAUGCGGCAAUUCCGUCAUGUCCAAUCUAACAUGCUAAACCACCAGCACCCUAUGUUUUCUGAGAUGUUGCAGCAGGACUCCCUCGGUCGUUUGCAGGGCCUUGAUAUCAAUGGCAGAGGGUCUCAUCUUGUGAAGUCCGAAGGUCCUUCCAUAUCUGCAAGUGAAAGCAACAGUUCAUUUUGAUAUUGGUAUGAGCAUGACCCCACACCCCACCCUCUGUUAAAUUGUUCAUAGACUGACAAAUCUUCUUUAGCAUCUGAAAUUAUCAUUUCUUCAAAUUUAUUUAUUUAUUUAUUUGAUUGUGAUCUUAGGCCUACUUUCAGUAGUUUUGACGGUUCUGUGAUAUUCCUGAUUUCUCUUUUCUGUUCAUUUCGGAAACUAUUUUCUGUGAUGUUGGGUGGAGGGUUGCAUCUUUCAUGCAAUGCUUAUUUUUCACUGUUAAAUUUGUUUCAUAUUAUUUAACCCUUGUUUCGUAGUUAAUCAUGGAGAAGGGGGAAUUCUUCUGUUGAUUUUGUAAUUCAAUUGAUGAACUGAGACUUCUGUUUUAUAUGAUGAUAGAUUAAUUAAUGUUAAAAUCACUUCUUUUAA